GGGGGCUCGUCUUGUCGCCCGCCAUCACGUCGUACAGACCAUUGUCUAGUCGCGCCAUCGUCGACUGAGCACCCAAUUCGGCACAAGAGGCUGCCAUGCCCGCGACAGGAGGAGGCCGGGCAGCGCACUCGUCGACGGCCUCGUCGUCGAAUCGCGCCGAAAAGGGCAACACGACGCCGUCGAUGCAGCCACCGCGUCGCGAGAGCAGUGCAGGUGUCAAGCCCCAGCGGCCUGGCAUCAAGACGCGUGCCUAUUCAGCCCCAAUCGUCCCCAAGAACGAUGCAGAGGGCGCCGACGACCUGGAGCGCGCCGACGAGGACAAGGAGGGCGACGAGAUAGCCGACGACGCCUUCUUCCAGCGCUACCAUUUCCCCCACCCCGUCGAGUCCACCAAGGAAGAGGCUUCGGACAGCAGUCUUGAUUCGUCUUCAGAUACCGAAGGGCCACUGUCGCCUGCUCACCUUAAGCAACGCACCCCUACGGCCGACGUGCCUUCAGACCCAUCAACUGGCUCUGCAAAUAGUGACUCGGCCGCGCCCACCAUGCAGGACAUCAACAUCGCCGUCAUUGGCGCCCAAGGCUCUGGAAAGUCGACCUUCAUACGACGAGCCCUCGGGCUGCCUGAUACAUCUUCGGCGUCCAAUUGCUCCCGAAAGUGGACCAUCGAUGGUGUAUCUUACAUGGUACGCUUCCUCGAAAUGCUCGCCAACGAUGUGCAUAUUGGCGAGCGAAACACCAUCAAGUGGCCCGAGACGAUACAUGACAUGCCGACACCGCGAAUGGACGCUGCCGUCACCAUGUAUGAUGUUACAAGCCAGGACAGCCUAGCCAAAGUGCCAGAGUUGCUGAACCACUUAUCCAAAGCCCAACUACCCUUCAUACUAGUCGCUUGUAAAUGCGACCAGCACCCCGCUCAUCGCGAAGUGGACCCCGCUGUCGUCGAGCAGAAAGCAAAGUCAUUUAUAGGAGACGUGAACGUAUUUCAGGUUUCCGAGGCGGCGCCGGAAACGCACCGGGGAUGCCUAUCUGUGAUUGUACGUGCAGCGAUUGCAGCAAAGCGACCUCAAUCACAGGCAUCAUCAAUGGCUCGACGACGAGCCAAUUCGUCGGCCGUCAAAUCAAUCACACAAAAGGACAUCUGGAGCCGAAAGCACGAGCGAGCAAGCUCUGAGAUCUCUGUCAGAUUUCGGCGGGUCUCAACUGAAAUCAAGGGCCACCGUUAUAAACCCAGUGACGCCAACAAGACGUUUUUCAACGCCGACGAGUCCCCUGGAUACGACUCGCAAGAGUCGGAUGACCAGGACUCAGACGUCGCACCAAGCAUCAUGUCAGUGAAGCCAUCCGAUGAAAACGGGUAUACCUUUGACCAACUGGUCGACCGCCUUCUCGCACAACCCAUGUCGAAAAAUGACAGCAAAUUUGUGUCCAUAUUCCUAGCACUGUACCGAAGAUUUGCAACCCCAGGACAAUUGCUGGAGGCAAUAAUCAAGCAUUUCGAGGCUUUCCACAAGGACAAGGACUUGCCGCUGCUCCGUAUCAUUGCCCAACUUCGCUAUCUUGCUGUCCUCCAACAGUGGGUGGCUUACUACCCAGGCGAUUUUGCCUAUCCUACCACACGCAGACUGAUUCGGAGAUUUGCAUCGACUCUAACGUCGAAUCGCGAGUAUUCUGUUGCUGCGACCGAGAUCCUUCGAGAUCUGGAAACGGUCAACGAGGACGAUGACACAGAAUGGGCAUGUAGUGAUCGGCAACGCGCUCAGCAUGACCACAUACCGGCUUUCCACAACAACGUGCUCGAUGAAGAUUCCGAGGACGACGACUUUGCGAGGGCCAUAGGACACAUGUCCAUGUCGUCCGUGUCCGACCGCAUGUCUGUGGCUAGAAGUAGUGUGUUGACAGGCGGGACGCACUCUUCAGGCUCUAUGGGUUCUUCGCAGACUCUUCUUUCCCAGGUGGAGAGGAACGAGAAGUUGGCUCGACAGCUAGAGCCGAACGCCAUCAAGCCACUAUCCAAGAUCCAAUGGCACCAGCUCAUGAACGAAACCGAUGAAACAAUCGCAAAGGAACUCACGAGAAUCGACUGGAUCAUGUUCUCCUCGGUGCGGCCACGGGAUCUUGUGCGGCACGUCAGUCUAAACGCCGAGGACAAGAAGCGAUGCAAGAACUUGGAGAACGUAACACGCAUGACUGACCACUUCAAUCAUGUCGCCUUCACUGUCACAAAUUACAUCCUCAUGCGGGACAAACCGAAACACAGAGCUUUGAUGCUGGAGAAAUGGAUGAAGAUUGCACGACAGCUUCGAAAGCUGAACAACUACAACUCGUUAGGUGCCGUCCUUGCAGGCAUCAAGGGCACAGCCGUACAUAGACUGCUUGCAACGCGCGAUUUGGUUCCGCAGCCCACGUCUCACGACUUCCUAAAACUGGACAUCCUUAUGGGCCCCCAAAAGUCCCAUUUCGCAUACCGGCUCGCCUGGGAAAAUAGCUCCGGUGAACGCAUACCCUACAUCCCGCUCCACCGCCGCGAUCUCGUUUCAGCAGCAGAAGGCAACUCGACGUUUGUCGGCGAUAAGAAGAAGACGGACUCCACGCUUGCUCCACACCCAGGCGUAAGCGUGUUCGAAGGCGGCGCGGGAAAAAGAGACAGCAGAGAACCAUUGCCGAGUGGCGUCAGCGGCAAAGAAAGGAUCAACUGGCGCAAGUUUGAGAUUAUGGGCGAGGUGAUUGUUGGAGUACAACGCGCGCAGGGCACGCCGUAUCCCAACUGGCAAAAGUGCGAGGAGGUGCGCAACUUGAUCUUGGACGUCAAGAUCAAUAAAGACGACGAUGACCUCUACGACCGCAGCACGCACCUCGAAGCGCCCGGUGCCAAUGAGAAGGGCAGAUUCGCCAAAUGGUUCCGAGAGCGUUAGUGCCUCUGUUCUUACUCCUCCCUACCCGGUUCUCUUACUGUCCUCUUCCGUUGAGAUCAGAGCAGCUAAGUGUAGGUCUAUAGCGCGCCUGUCGUUACCCUC